AAGCAGACAGUUGAUGAGCCAGGCUCCAUGGACAAGAAGGUGGUGCUGAUCACAGGCUGUUCCUCGGGAAUCGGUCUCAGCCUGGCUGUCCGGCUGGCCUCUGACCCCGACAAAAAAUUCAAAGUGUAUGCCACAAUGAGAAACCUAGCCAAGAAAGAGCGUCUUUUGGAAUGUGUGAAAAGCCUGCACAAGGACACCUUGGACAUACUCCAAUUGGACGUAACCAGCUGGCAGUCCAUCCUGGAUGCGAGAGACAGGGUUGCUGAGAAACGAGUGGACAUUCUAGUGUGUAAUGCUGGUGUGGGUUUGAUGGGGCCGCUGGAGGUGCAGUCCUUGGACUCGAUGAGGCAGAUUCUGGAGGUCAACCUUUUGGGUACCAUCCAGACCAUCCAGGCUUUCCUGCCGGAGAUGAAGGCUCAGGGCCAGGGCCACAUUCUGGUCACUGGGAGCACUGGAGGACUUCACGGUCUCCCCUUUAAUGAGGUGUAUUGUGCCAGUAAAUUUGCCAUAGAGGGAGCAUGUGAGAGUUUAGCUAUCCUCCUGCAACACUUCAAUAUCCAUGUGAGUCUCAUUGAGUGUGGUCCAGUCAACACCGAUUUCCUGGUCAACCUGCAGAAGGUAGAGCUAGGGGAUACCUCUCUCCAACAGGUCGAGGCCCUAACGCUCAGCCUCUAUGAAAAAUACCUGAAGCACUGUGGCUCCGUUUUCCAAAAUGCAGCACAGGACACUGAGGACAUUGUAAAGGUUUUCCUUGAUGCCAUCCAGUCACCCAGCCCUGCAUUUAGGUACUUCACCAGCGGCGUCGUGCCACCUCUCACCAAACUGAAGAUGACAGAGCCAGAUGGCUCGCGGUACAUCAGUGCAUUGGGCAAAAUCAUGUUCUCAGCUGAGGAACAAUAAUUUUGCCUUGUUUUUAUCUAAGCCACAACUUGCUCUUGUUUGCGUUUUAAUGCAGAGGU